AAUUUCUAAAAUUAGAUUAUGACAUUCAUUAUCAGCUCUCCAGCAAUUUAUGAGGCAUACAAGGCAAAGACUAAUUGGUUAACAAAUACUAGCAUAAUCAUGAGUAGCCCUGCCCAUUGAUUGCAUCAACAGAGCUGUCAUCUCUUCCUCUCAUACUCUGCACUCUAGCCAAUAGCAGUCAUACCUACUUGCAUGUGCUUAGGAGUUAAGUGUAUGCAAGAGAGCUAUCCAAAGUAUUUAACAUAGAGUAUGGCAGCCAAAAGCAGCAGUGCCAAGAACAACAGGCAGUUUAUAGGAGGCUAUGACUAUCAGUUCAUCUCUCCUUUCGAUCAACACUGCUCAAUUUGUAUGCUAGUGCCACGAGAGCCAGUCAAGACAAGUUGCUGUGGGAAGAGCUUCUGUUCACAAUGUCUAAACACACUCAAGGAGCAUCACUCCCGCCCAACCUGUCCUAACUGCAGGAGCCAAAAGAUAACUCAGAGCAGCUUUGAUAAAGAAAUGGACAAGAGAAUAAAAGAGCUGGUGGUGUACUGCAGUCACAAGAGAGGAGGCUGUGAGUGGAGAGGGAAAGUGAGAGACGUAGAUGGACACAUGUCAGCCUGCAAGCACCAGUUGGUGGAGUGUCCUAAUGGCUGUACUGAGAUAGUAUAUCCACACACUUUAGAUGGACACAUGAAGGAUACAUGCCCACACAGAGAAGCAAUAUGUCAGUACUGCUCAUUGAGAGACAGGCACAAUAUAAUCACAGGGAGCAGACACAUUGAUGAAUGUCCAGAAAUACCAGUACCAUGUCACAAUAAAGAAUGCCAAGAGAUAGUGAUACGUAGAGAAAUGAGUGCACACGUUGAGGAGUGCCCAAAAGAAAUGGUCCCAUGCACUUAUGCUAAGGCCGGCUGCUCAGAGACAGUAAAGAGAGAGGAUCUGGAGUCACACAAUAAAGAUAGACUGAAACUUCAUCUAGACAUAGCAAUGAAACAAAUCGAAGAGUUUGGAAGGAGCAACGAGACACUGUCAACCAAAGUAAACAGUCAUAAAAUUAUGAAACUUGACGAGUACACAAAACACAAAGAAGAGAAGACAGUUUGGUACAGCCCAGCCUUCUACUCGUCACCAGGAGGAUACAAAAUGUGCCUAAGUGUAUUCUGCAAUGGAAACGGAGGAGCAGCUAAUCACUACAUAUCAUGCUUUGUGCAUCUUCUCUCGGGAGACUACGACGAUACACUGGAGUGGCCCUUCAAAGGUGAAGUGAGCCUUGAGCUAUUGAAUCAGAUGGAGGAUAAGUGUCACGAGAAGGAGCUACUCCGAUUCAGUGAAGGAACUCCGGUGCAAUACAGGCAAAGAGUUAGAGGGAAAGAGAUUGGGAGAGGUGGAGGGCUACAGGAAUUUAUACCACACUCUGAGCUGGGCCUGAAACCAACUCAGGACUGUCAGUAUCUCAAAGAUGACUCUCUGUACUUUAGAGUAAGUGUGAAGGUUACCUCAAAAACCAGGCCAUGGCUAGUUAUGUAACAUGUGAUGUCUCAGAAGCAAGGAAAGAUGUACAUAACACGACGUAUAAAUAAACACCUGAGUUUACUGUUGACUUUAAUAAAUACAAAAACAUUCAGUUCCUGAACAAACAGCCAAGCAUAUGCACAUGCACAGUAUAUGUUUUAUUGUAUUAAUAUAAGAAAGAAACUUUACAGUUUUUAUUGUCUAUAAUUAUAA